AUUAGAAAAAAGUAAAAAUUUAGGUACAAUAAGUUCAUUACAUGAACAAAGUACAUCCUUUAAGUCACAAAUCGUUGAAUACCAAAUUGGCGUUAAGAGAGACAUUGAAGUUCUUAAAAGUGAGAAUUUAAGUUUGCAAAAGGAAUGUAAUAGGUUGAGAUUAGAAAAAAGUGAAAAUUUAAGUACAAUAAGUUCAUUACAUGAACAAAUUACAUCCCUUAAGUCACAAAUAGUUGAAUGCCAAAUUGGUGUUAAAAAAGAUAUUGAAAUUCUUAAAAGUGAGAAUUCAAGUUUGCAAAAGGAAAAAAGUGAAAAUUUAAGUAUAAUAAGUUCAUUACGCGAACAAAUUACAUCCCUCAAGUCACAAAUCGCUGAAUACCAAAUUGGCGCUAAAAGAGACAUUGAAGUUCUUAAAAGUGAGAAUUCAAGUUUGCAAAAGGAAAAACGUGAAAAUUUAAAUACAAUAAAUUCAUUACGCGAGCAAAUUACAUCCCAUAAGUCACAAAUCGCUGAAUACCAAAUUGGCGUUAAAAGAGACAUUGAAAUUCUUAAAACUAAGAAUUCAAGCUUGCAAAAGGAAAAACAUGAAUAUUUAAAUACAAUAAGUUCAUUACGCGAACAAAUCACAUCCCUUAAGUCACAAAUCGCCGAAUAUCAGAUUGGCAUUAAAACAGACAUUGAAAUUCUUAAAAGUGAGAAUUCAAGUUUGCAAAAGGAGUGUAAUAGUUUGAGAUUAGAAAAGAAUGAAAAUUUAAAUACAAUAAGUUCAUUACAUGGACAAAUUACAGCUUUACUUGAUGAGAACAAUAAGCUAAUUCAAGAUUUUAGUAAUAAAAACUAUACUAGUGGACCGUGUAUUGGUUCAACCCAUAGGCCAGAACACAUAUUCCUCAAAAUCAAAUAUCCUGUUUAUAUUGAUCCACGAAUUAUAUUACUUCCGGAAAUCGUUUCUGUACCAAUGGAGACAAAUGUGCAUGUUGAAGUCGUUUGCGAUAUUUGCGGAAAAACUCCCAUUUGUGGUAUUAGAUAUCAAUGUGGACAUUGUUCAGACUUUGACAUAUGUGGGCAAUGUGAACUAAAUUAUC